GAUCAAAUCCUGGAAAACUAUGAUCAAAGUCUUGAAGAUUUAGAACGACAAAGAGAACACCUUAAAACUGUCAUGGAAAAAAUGGGUCAAGAAUGGGAAGAAAGUGGUGCAGGUAUUGGCUGGCUUGGGUCUUUGGACAUACCGACGGCGGCCCCGAUCGAGACUGCGUUGACCGAACAACCGCUGCUAAGUAAUAUUUUGCGUCCAUCCACCGGUCCUUCGCCAGAUUAUCUUCAGUCUCUUUUGAACGUCAACGAAGCUCUGCUGGCUCAGAGUCUGGCCAACAGCUCCUCGGCCUGUUCAACCACCGUGAUCGGUGAAAGUCCCGAUAUGGAGAGUCAUCAUGAUACCCCAACGCCGACCUUAUCGCCC